UAUGGCAACCUUUGGAGAUAGUCUACUAUAUGGAAAAUUAAUAAAUCUACAAGAGUUCAUUAAUCGAAUUAGUACAAUCGUUACUGAAGAUAUCAAAUCAAUAUAUGAAGAAAACAAAUAUGUUUCCUUGACGAUUGUCAGUUUAUCUGCCUGUUCUCUGGCUCUUGCUUUUCAAAAAUAUAGCAAAAGAAACUCGGAAAAAAAGAUACAAGGACCAUUCAAAUGGCCAAUUGUUGGCAACUACUUUCAAAAUAGACAUCUACCAAUACAUCAAAGAUUUACCAAAUGGGCUGAGGAGUAUGGAGGAGUGGCCAUAGUCAAUUUUCUAGGAAAAAAAUUUAUUAUUGCAUCAUCUUAUGAGGCGGUACAUGAAGUCCUUCUUGAAAAAUCAACAGAUUUUGCAGGAAGGUUAGAACCUUUUAGAAUUGCCCUUUCAUACGAUCUUCCGAAUGAUUUAAUAUUUACAAGUUUCUCACCCGAAUGGAACGCAAGGAAGAAGUUGGCUAUGAAAUCAAUGAAGAUGUAUGGAGAAGGCUUGGAAGAUCUCGAAAGGGUAACUGAUCAAGUACUCGAUGACUUUUUCAAAAACAUCGAUGAAAAACAAGGUCAACCUUGGGUGAUUAACGAAGAUAUCAUCAAUUGUUUCGUCAACAUCAUCUUUACUUUGGCUCUUGGAAAACGAUUACCAUGGAAUGACCCAGCAAUAGGUUUCUUGAAGAAAAAUUUCGAUGCUGCCACUCCAUCUCAAAUAUCACCGGAAGGGAUUAUUUUGGACAUAUUCCCUUUCUUAUGGAAGAUGAAUUUUCCAAGCAAAAUAUGCUCGGAUUUACAAAAAGGUUUAGACGCCAACAAAUGGUUUAAGAACGAAAUUGACGAACAAUUGAAAACAUUCGAAGCCAAUAAGCCACGUGGCUACUUGGACCUAUUCUAUCAAGAAUAUCUAAAUGAGCAGAAAUUGGAUUCAAAGACAAAGAUAUCUUAUCCUCAACUUGUUAUGAUGACUAUUCAAACUUUGGUUGCCGGUUACGCUACUACUGCUACUGCCGUAACUUGUUUUAUUCAAUUAAUGCUAAGAUAUCCAGAAAUUCAAGAAAAGAUUUAUCAAGAAAUCAUUGAUAAUGUAGGAAAUGAUAGACGUCCAAAUAUCAAUGAUAAAAAUAAUCAUCAUUAUCUAAUGGCUUCAAUAUAUGAGCUUUUACGAUUCAUCAGUCAUGUUCCUAUGGCAGGGCACAGGGCUAUUAAAAAUACUACUUUGCUUGGAUACAAAGUUCCAAAGGAUCACAAAGUGUUCGUUUCUAUGUGGGGUCUACACCACGAUGAGAAAAUCUUUCCAGAACCGUACAAGUUUAAGCCUGAAAGAUAUUUAGAAGAAAACGGGGAGUUUGUUGCACCGGGACAUCCUUGCAGAAAAGCUCUAUUUGCCUUUGGAGCCGGUAGACGUGUUUGUUUGGGAGAAACUUUGGCAAAGAAUCGAUUGUUUCUUGUGAUAGGAGCAUUGGUUCAGAACUAUAAAUUCCUUCCAGGAAAUGGUAAGGACGUAGGAGAGGAUGUAGAUCCUAGAGACUAUAAAUUUGGAAUCGUACUCAAUCCAGGAGAUCUAAAUGUUCGAAUGAUAAGGAGAAACGGUAAAACUUAG